GAUGGGGAUAAUUUGUGACAACGCUGCUUUAUAUCACUUAUUUCACAGAUGUGUUUUGUUUAAGCGAGGUUAGGAUUGAUAUUUAUAAACUUCAUCCAGAGACAAAUAUUAUUGUCUGUGUUUAGAAAGCUAAAGUAAAAUGCAAAAAGACAAGAAAGUUAAGUCAAAAACCAAGAAGGUGCUAGUAAAGAGUCAGAGACGAAAGAUAUGCGACGAAGUAUUCAGUAGCUCGGAAAGCUUAAAAAGGAUUUCUGAUUGUGAUCGCAAAAACAACACUAGUUCGGAUGAAGCUUGCUGGAAAGCAAAAAAGUCGAAAAGAUCCAAAGUGAAGAAGCGAGAUUCGUCCACUUCUAGCUACAGUAGUUCUUCAUCCAGUAGCGAGUCUAGCAGCAGCAGUUCUAGCAGCAGUAGCAGCAGUACCACUUCUUCAUCAGAUGAUAAUAGAAAGAGGAAAAAGAAAAACAUUGCAAUCCUGAAGCGAAAGUUAAAACAGAAAAAGGAAGAAAAGUUAAACAGCAGAAGAAGGCAGUCAGGCAAAAAGAAACGAAGCAAACUGGUAACCGACAAAGACCUGAAUAAAGAAAAAUCCGAAGAAAACGAUAUGAAAAGAAAAACUAAAGCAAAGAAAAAUGAAAAGGAGGAGGCGGCAGAGGCUUCAAAUGAUAUUCCCAUAGAACUGAUGGACAGGAGCAAAGCAAUGGCUCCAAUGAGAAAAGAAGAGUGGGAAAAAAAGCAAAAUGUUGUAAAGAGAGUUUAUGAUGAAGAAACUAAGAGACACAGACUUAUUAAAGGCGAUGGCGAAGUUAUAGAGGAGAUAGUGAGUAAGGAAAGACACAAGGAUAUCAACAAGCAAGCUACCAAGGGCGACGGAGAAUAUUUCUCUAGCAAAUUAACCCAGAGUAUAAAGUAGAUGUUUAGUUUUAAUAAUAUGAAGCUCUAAUACUAAGUGGUUAAGUAUAAGAUACAUAUAAUAAAAUGCUUUGCUUUGAUUUUCGUAUGAAAUCAUCUGUUUGAUUUUGAAAUUGAUUGAAAUUGUUGUGAUCAAAAGUUAGUUUUUAGUUUUCGAUUAAAUUUAGCCAACAUAGUUUGCUUAUUAGGUUAAGUAUUGUAUUGCGCAUAAUAAUAUUUCGAAGUUAGUUAAACAUACUGGCCAUAGCCGUUGAUACUUGUUCAAGUUUGUUUUACGAUAACAGCAUGAUCAGUUUGUGAGGCAGGUAGAAAAACAUUUCUAUGAGCAUAGGCCCUAUAUAGAUUAAAUUAAAUAGUUGUAAUGC